AUGAAUCGUAGUUUGUCCCUCUUUGUGCUUCCUUUGGUGGUCUCUGCGUUCCAGAGUCCUGCAAGCCAAGCUUAUUCCUGCCAAUCGCCCCUUUCUGCAAUCAAAGAGUCGACCUUUGGCAUGGGAUGCUUUUGGGAGCCCAGUGAAGAACUACUCAAAGUUGACGGCGUCGUUGAUACCAUUGCUGGAUAUACUGGGAAUCCAUCGGCCACAGAAGCUCCAACGUACGAUACAGUUUGUUUUGGUCGGCAGUGGGUGGAAGGUGUCAGGGUGAAGUAUGACGACGAAAAAAUAUCCUAUGAGCAACUGUUGGAAACCUUUUUCCAAACACAAAAGCCAAAACUGGGUUCCCGACAAUAUGCUUCCAUUAUAUUUCCACACGACAAGGAACAGGAGAAAAUCGCUAGCGCAUGGAAGAGUAAAAAUGCAAAUAUUCAACGAGAGGACGGUUUCCUUCCAGAAUGGACCGAAAUUGAACCCCAGUCCAAAUUCUAUCAAGCUGAAGGUUACCACCAACGGUAUUGGCAAAAGCAACGGCCUCGCUUUGCCCUCAUUUUCGGCUUGUUGGCCAUCGCCACGGGUGCCCUGAACAAUUUUGUGCCUGACGUGUAUCAUCAAUCCAUGGUGAACUUUGCCAAUGCAUCGGUUCUCGCCAUUGGCUUGGUUCAAAUAUUGGAGCGCGUUUUGGAUGCCAAGGUGGUAGAAUUAUAA